AUGCCAACGGCCGAGCAGACGAACGAUUCGGCUAACUCCAACAAGGAAGACGAGGAAGACAUUGACUCAAUCCUUGCGGAACUCGAAGCUGAGUCCGAAGAUGUAAAUUCUGAAGCCUAUCAACAAAGAGUUCGUACACUUCAGGAGGCUACAGGCUCGAAAACUUCUGGCGCUGCAACGGGUCUACGCAGCGCUCACUCGCAGCAGUAUGUGCGCCUCCUAAGGUCGGAUGACGAAACAUUACACUUUACUACCGAGCAUGAAAGAGCUGUCGUUCAUUUCCGACACCCCGAUUUUGCCAGGUGCUCGAUCAUGGAUGAACACCUUGAACGAAUUGCGCAGCGACAUAGCUAUGGAGAGACCGGUGGUGAGGAAGCAGCUUUCGCUAAAGUCGACGUCACACUUGCUCCGUUUGUGGUCGAGAAACUAGCAGUGAGAGUCCUGCCAUGUGUAAUAGGGUUUGUGAAAGGUGUUGUGAAGGGCAAGGUCGUCGGAUUUGAAGGCAUUUGCUGGGAUGGCAAAGAGAAAGACGCGAGAGUUUCUAAGGCUUUAGAGGAUGCUCUAUUCUCGUGGGGCGUGCUCAAGCAGAAGAUGCUAAUGGAUGAGCACGAUACCGAUUCGGAUGAUGAAAACGUAGACGACGACGGGAAGAGGAGCAGGGUGAGUUCCAGACGAGGCAUUCGAGGACCGAAGCAGAACGUCGUGGACGAGGAUGAUGAUUGGGACUGA